AUGGCAUCAUCGACAGGACUACCGCCCGAGAUGGCGACUGCAGAUACGGCGGAAAGCAAGCGUCCUCUAAGCAUCGAGGAAUUGUGCUUCACAUCGGCCAUGAGCUGCUUUGAGGGUUGGCUUAAACUAGACCCGGCCAUCGGGCCCCGUACCAUGGCAUAUGUCACCAAGUUCAUUUCCAGAACACUGGAAAAGACACACAACCUAAAAGAUGUCAGGGAAACGCUAUCCAGGAGUGUCGAAGUUUGGAUCUGGCUCACCCGGGACUUUGCCGCCGCGAUUCCUAGUCUGACCACGCGGUCCAUUGGCCCCCUUGCUAACCUCAACGACCCUGACAAGGGCAUCACUCCUCAAGAGAGCACAGCGUUGAUAACUAAGAAUUAUCCAUCGCUAAAAGAGGACCUACAAUUACUCAUCAAGCUCAUGCAUAUUGCCAGGAACCUGCUGGUCGUGCCUGAGCCCGAGAUUCCCCAGGACCUCUGUGCUGCCGCUCAAUUCGAUCAGAUGCUCUACCAGACUAUCAUUCUCUGCAUCAACGUCACUAGCAAGGCCUAUGAUGGCGAUGUUCUUGAGGAAGCUGCGAGACUGAAACUGAAUAAAAAGUUGCUCGUUACGUGCCUACAACAAGCCCAUAACUGGAUUGCUAAGAAUGACCGCAACAAAAUGGCUUUCUGGUCUACUGUUCUCUUCGACGACGACGCCCUCUCUGACGAAUCCGACGGUAACGCCUACGGAGAGUUCCGCCCAGAUAUCGCUAAGACCGAAGUUGAAAACUGGUUCGAACGGAACUCUCGCUUCUGCGACAAAGCUCGCCAGCUACUCAUUGAUUACGAGGAGAAUUUAGCAGCCAAGGGGUUGCCUCCUGGUCACUUGCCCCGCAUUUCUCCGCUGGCUUGGAACUGGCUUCCAGAGGGCACAGUACGUGUGCGCGCGGAUGACUUCGACAACACCACCAAGAUUACCCCCCUGUGGAAGGAAGACGAGCCCGACAAGUUUGAACAAGACAAGGCCUACGGUCGGGUUUCGAGAGAAGUUGAUACAUGGUGGCUCAAGAUACGGGACCCCAACUACGAUGGCUGGGUAGUUCCUAUGCCCACCGUUGAGUUCGCCCAGCAGAGGACCGAGAACUGCAAAGCCAACCUUGUCAACCGAUAUGCUCACUCGUAUCGGACUGCCGAACACGAGGGGUCGGUUCACUCCACCGAGGGUGGCCCGUUACCAGAAGGCGCUACCGACCAGGAAGGGAAAGAAGGUGGCCAUUAUGUCCACGACUACAACGACGACAUGAUCGAGGAGGAAGAUAUUGAUGACGACGACUCGUAUGGCGAGGGGCCGAUGAAUGGGUUGCUCACGGAAGUACCUAACAUCCUCGACCCCAAGCAGAUUGAAGCGCUCCACAUGAUCGUCAAGUCAUGCAUACUCGAUAACGCGGGGUUGGUGCUGAGCAAGGCAGGGGAAAACCUCCAAAAGACCAGAUGCAGAAUGUUUAUGGCUAUGGAAUGCGGCAGGAGCCUCCUUAGAGAGAUAUUGGUCUUCAUUGCUGUUUGGGAAAAGAGCGAGCAGUCACUCAUUUUCCAAUUGACAACCCAGAUCGUCGAAGCCAUCCAUCACAGCGCCCUGGUCCCCUACGCCUGGCAAUCGUUACGCAUUCCCAAGGACAUCAUAUCUCCCGCACAGACCGUCCUGCUGAGGCUUGUUAACACGAUGUGCCGUGCCAGAAACAACGACCCGCCGCCCGUCGAGUCAAAGGAGCAUAUCCGGGAUGCCAAGCUGCUACACUUUCUUUUCAUCCAGUUUCGCAGUCGUAUAGUGCCGGAAUGCGCGGCACUAAUGCACCUCCAAGCCCAGAUUCGCAAUGACCUGUGUGAUCCGGCCGACUUCCCCGUCGACAGCUGGGACAUGGAGCGCGCCAAAGACGGCAUCCAACAGUUCCUCGAGCUCCUCACCACCGUCAAUGAACUCCCCGAGACUCGCCGGUACCUCAUUGAAUGGGAAGCCACCUACGAGCUCCUGACUCUUCUCAAGGGCCUCGAAGCCGGCGUCCCCAAAAAGCCCAUGGUCGAGAUGCCCAACCGCUCCAACAAUCCCCGCCAGCACCAGCAGCCCCCGCCACACCCGGACGACCCGGACGCGGGUUACGAUUCGGAAGACCAUCCUCUGGCCCCCCCUCCACCCCUCGAAGAACCAGCGCACAAGUACCCGUGGGCCGGCAUCAAGGGCCAGAUCCUGCACAUACUUGCGGGACUGCUGCAACCACCGCCGGGGCGGAGCAGUCCAGGCAACCCCGAAGUUCAAUCCCAGAUCCUUCGUCACAACGGCGUGAUCAGCCUUCUAAACUGCUGCGUCUACGACGACCACAACCGCUACGCACGGGAGCGGGUACAGAUCUGCCUGAAAUGGCUCAUGGACGGCUCCGACGAGGCGAACAAGUACCUGCGGGAGCUAAUCGCCAUGUCGCCACCGCCCAACCUGAGGGCACCACAACAGCAGCAACAGACAACCCAAGCCCAAGGCAGCGGAAGCGGCACCGCGGGGCCUGCCGCGCAACCACAAACAGCAAGCCUACGCAUCGACGGCAUUGCCGGCGAAGUGAAGGUGCGGCUACGUGCCCCAGGCGAGGCCAUCCCACAACAGCCGCGCCCGCUCAUCUCCGGAUCUUCGUCGGGCCCGGGCUCGGGCACCGGACGCGCUCUCCCGCCGCCGCUAGCUAACACCACCACGGCCACGGCCACGGCUGACGACCCCGGCUACGGCUACAGUAAUGCGCAAAGGUACAGCGGUAGCAACGUCCUGCCGCCCAUCCAGGGUGGUGGUGGUGGUGGUGGUGAGGGCAGCGAUGGAGUGAGGGCGGGUUCGUCGUCGUCGUCGAUGCCUCCGCGGAGUCGGCCUGAGGAGCUGCUGAGGGAUAUUAUCACUCUUGCGGACGAGGCGGCGCGGUUGGCGAUGGGUCGGCCGUUGGAGGGUGAUGAGACGGAGGAGGAAGGUGAGGAGGGUGAGGAGGAGGAGGGAGAGGGGGAAGGGGGGGAGGAUGAUUUUAUGUAA